GUUUUGCAGUUUAAAAUUCUUAAAAAUUCUUAUCUAAUCAUCAAUUUAGGCCUUUAUUUUUUCCCCCUUUUUCUUCUCUAAAAACAAUCCUAAAAUGCAAGAGAGGGCUCAGGGUUUUUGUUUGUUCUAAUUUUAAAAACCACACCCCAUGCUUAAUGACAAAAAAACAUGCAAGGCAGAAAAAAAAACGUGAUAAAACAGGGUACAUCAGACAGUUAUCAUUUAAGUUUGUGAAUGAUUUCCACUUGAAUACGGCAAGGCUGAAUGCAAAUGAACGAGAUGGCAAUUGUCAGCUGCAUUAUCAUUGGACCAAUAGUAGCCCAGCUCCAUCUUGACUGUGCACCAGACUGCAUUACCAACAGAGCAGAGCAGCGCUCCAUCAGCAUCCAUCCGCAGAGAACAGCUUCUUUUGGACCAAUCACAAGCAAUGGAAUCUCUAAGCAUGGCAAACCUAAACUCUACUCACUGGAAUGAGACUACCAGCACCAGCAGCCCACUCACCACCACACCCGCCUACCAGUACAUUGGCUUUCAGGUCCAAAAGGUUUACCCUUUCCAUGAUAACUGGAACACAGCCUGCUUUAUCAUCAUGCUUUUAUUUAUAUUUACGGUCGUCUCUCUGAUGCUCCUGGCCUUCAUUUAUGAGGUGCUCGACUGCUGCUGCUGUGCCAAAGACAAAACCAUGAGCGACUUGGAGAGUGAGCCAAGCCCUCUGCGAACCAUGAUGGACAACAUCAGAAAACGGGACACUGAAGUGGUUUAAUGCCCACAGGGUCACCAGACAGGCCCAAGUCAGAAUGCUGGCACAAAGUCUCUGACCUCUGCUCAGGGGGAGAAAGAGAGCAAAGUCCUGUGGUCUUGACCCCACCGGGGUAUCAUUGAUCCCAGCUAGGCACGAUGGGGGGAGUCCAAGGGGUUAGGAGAGUCCAACCAUCAUCAACUCUUCAGUUAUUCUUUUGUAAGAAGACACUGUAGCACAAGCUUAAUAUGUCCCUUUUUGAGUGGGUUUCCCUAUAUGUAUCCCUAGUAAAAUCCUUCAAAUACAGUUUUGAAAAUUCAA